UUCUGCGAUGCUGAAUGUUGUUAGCUUUCUUGCUGUUAAUGUUUGACGUUGGCUAUGGAUGACUUGCUAGUAAUGUUGGGUAAGUCCAUCGUGCUGCUUGUAAAUUUGUCUGCAGUUAUUUAGCUUGUUUCUCAUUGUGCUCUCUGUAAAGUUGGAUUUUUGGAUGGAUCUCUGUACUUCUCUGGGCUGUUAGUCUUUUGGUAUUUUAGGGGUUAUAGGAAGAGGAUAGCCAAUUCAAGUAAUGAAUAUUACAUUAUGGUAUUUUCAAGUAGGAGCUCCUUCAUUUUCCGGACUGUUAUGCCAUGGAUGGUCACAGUUCACAUUAUCAGCUAUAGCAUCUCCCAACAAGCGGACAUUAGAAAGCAUUUUGAAAUAUGGGAUUGUAGAGGUGUUUAAUUGUCUUGUUUUCAGUUUGGAAGCUUUCAGCAAUCAAUGCAAUCUGCUAUGCAAUGUAUUUCCGACAGAUUUUAUGACAAUUGCCAUCACAAGGUACUUCAUGUAUAUGUUUGCUGAUCUGCAACUGAAUUAAGGGCAACAAGAUAUGGAAAAUCUCGUGGCAGGUACCACGGGAUCACCUUCAUGAUUGUACUACUCAUUAGGAUAUAGGGAAGUAAGUAAGACCAAAGUUUGUAAUCUGUGAACUGGGGAUACGUCUAGUCUCUGAUCCACGUUGAGGAAGAAUUAUUCGUAAAUAGCUCAGUAUGCUUUCUUCCUAUGCAUGUAGUGGUAAAAAUUUCCAAAACAAAAGAUCUUUCUGUUAUGUUGUUCCAUUUGUGGAGUGCUGUAGUCACUUGCGAGAUAUUCCCAGCUUACAGGUUGAUCCGCGAAAGGACUUCCUCCAGCUGGAUAGAACAUUGAGGGGUCUUUGUUAUUGUGGAAGGCUGACAGAAGCUGUCAGGCUCCUCUGUAACACUGGGGUUCAGGUGGAUGCAGAGACAUAUGCUCUUCUGGUGCAAGAAUGUAUAUACAGCAAAGCAUAUGAGAAUGGAAGGAUAGUCCAUGCCCAAAUGGUGGUUGUUGGAUAUGUUCCAGAUGCAUAUAUGAAGACUAAAUUGCUGAUAUUGUACACUAAGCUGGGAGAUCUUAAUACUGCGAACAUAUUGUUCAGCAAGUUAAAUACUAAAAGCUCAAUUUCUUGGAAUGCCAUGAUAGCAGGGUAUGUGCAAAAGGGUGGCUUGGAGAUUGGCUUGAAUCUUUAUUAUGAGAUGAGAAGCAAUGGCUUGAUUCCAGAUCAAUAUACCUUUGCAUCAGUUUUUCGAGCGUGUUCAUCAUUAGCAACAUUGGAACAUGGGAAGCGAGCACAUUCUGUUAUGAUAAAGAGUCAUAUGAAGGAAAAUGUUGUAGUUAGUAGUGCACUCAUUGAUAUGUACUUCAAAUGCAGUAGUCUAGCUGAUGGACAAAGAGCGUUCGAUAGAUCUUUGGAGAGAAAUGUUGUGACUUGGACUGCUUUGAUAUCCGGAUAUGGCCAACAUGGUAAAGUGACAGAAGUUUUGGAUUCCUUUCAAAAGAUGCUAGAUGAAGGGUUUAAGCCAAAUUAUGUUACGUUUCUUGCAGUACUUUCUGCAUGCAGCCAUGGAGGUUUGGUAGAUGAAGGUCGGGCAUACUUUAACUUGAUGGCUAAACAAUAUGGCAUUCAACCUAGAGGGCAACACUAUGCCACAAUGGUGGAUAUUUUAGGGCGUGCUGGUAGGUUGGGAGAGGCUUAUGAGUUAGUUUUGAACUCUCCCUGCGUUGAGCACCCAGUAAUUUGGGGGUCACUUCUUGGGGCUUCUAGGACUCAUGGAAACAUGGACCUCCUAAAAAUUGCAGCCAAAAGAUACUUAGAAUUAGAGCCAGAAAAUGCUGGAAAAUAUGUUGUCUUAGCUAAUGGCUACGCUACCUUUGGUUUAUGGGAUAAGGUUGCAGAGGUUUGGGAAGUAAUGAAGAAUAUAGGCAUGAUGAAAGAGCCUGCUUAUAGCAGAAUUGAAGUGAAAGAGAAGAUGCAUACUUUCCACAAGGGUGACCGCUCUCAUGAGACGGCCAGAGAGAUAUGUGAGACAAUUAAACAAGUGACAUGCAUCUUAAAGGAUAUUGGAUUUGUUCCUGACAUAGAUGCUGAUUAACUUGACUUAGGGAGAAGGAGCUUAUAAUUCUGUAUUAUGGUUUCUGCUCCCCAUGCUGGUGGGGUGUAUUGGCAAUGGAGUUCUUUUUAUGGAUGUAUUGCAGAUUGUGAGAAGCGUAGCUGUUAUCAAAUCAAGCAAGGAUACAAGAUAUGGAUUGGAUUCUAUCGUGACUCAUGAUGGGAAUGACUGGCAACUGGCA